AUGGUCGUGUCGCUUUUCCACGGCACCAUCUCGCCGUCUGCCUGCUCCGAAGCCACCUUUACAUAUCCAAUCAUCCCGGACAUCAAAUUUCUGUCGCUGGAAGCCAGCCUUGUCGACAACUUCAGCCAGAACGUCCCUGUGGGUGGUUACCCCAACCAUGGGGCCGUCAACGUCACCGGCGUCCAGUUUUGCAACGUGUCGACUAUUUACACUCACCCUGGCGGAAACGAUGCGGUCAACGUCCAAGUCUGGCUCCCAACAGAGGCCUGGAAUGGCCGUUUGCAAGGCAUUGGGGGGAGCGGAUGGACAGGCGGACUGCCCGGCCCGGCCCUACCGGGCAUGGCUGCUGCCGUCAGUGAAGGUUAUUCCACCUAUGCGACUGAUGCUGGGCUGGGGUUGUCAGCAGAUCCCCUCACCCCAGUGAGCUGGGCUCUCCCUGAGGAAGGCAAGCCCAAUAUGCGCCUCCUUCAAAACCUGGCGUCCGAUUCGCUUUACGAAGGUGCUCUUAUCGCUAAGAACUUCACGGCUGCCUUCUACGCCAAACCUGCUGCGUAUUCCUACUUCUCCGGCUGUUCCCAGGGCGGCCGGCAAGGCUUGAUGCUCGCACAACGGUACCCCGACAUCUUCGAUGGCAUUGCAGCUGGCGCGCCCGGCAUCAACUGGAAUCCCUUUGUCGUGGGGGCUACCUACCCCGAUUUCCUCAUGACCCUGUACGGAACAUACCCACCAUCGUGUGAGGUCGCUGCUCUCACCGCAGCUGCCAUUGAGGCUUGCGACGGGCUCGACGGAGUUGUGGACGGUAUCAUAUCGGACCCCGAGGCGUGUGACUUUGACCCGCUAGAGCUCGUCGGGACAUCUAUUGAGUGCCCUGACUUUGUCACCGACUCCGCCGCCGACUCCCGUCACACACAAGGAGGCGGAAACCCUGCUAAGCAAAAAGCAAGGCUCUCUAUUCAACCCACCCGCUUGCUUUGGGACGGCCCUCGACGGGCGAAUUACUCGCGUAUGUGGUACGGACCUUACCCGGACGCCGUGCUGUCUAAAGGGGGCUCGGGUAUUACGCCUAUUGGCACCAUCUGUGGUACCGACGGUACUUGCACAAUGGAUCCCAUCACAUUGUUUCAAGAAUGGAUUAGGUUAUUCAUCCUGAAGAACUCGACCUCCGACACUAGCCAUUUAAUGCUGGCAGAAUACGAAAACAUCUUCGAUGCCGCGGUCCUGGAGUACGACUCGGUAAUCGGCACGGCCGAUCCCGACCUUUCAGCAUUCCGUCGAGCCGGAGGAAAGAUGAUCACUUACCAUGGACUGGCCGACCCGCUCAUCCCCCCUCGCGGGACCGAGCAAUACUACAAGCGAGUUACGGCACUUGACCCCAAAGUCCACGACUUCUACCGCCUCUUCUUUGCUCCCGGUUUGGGUCAUUGCCACGGAGGCCCCGGCCCUUUCCCGGACACUACUUUCGACACGCUGGUCCGUUGGGUCGAAGACGGCGUGGCCCCUGAGACGCUCGCGGCCACCAGCGUCGGCACAGGACCUGUCAUCAAACGGCCUCUUUGCGCGUAUCCUCUCAAGCAGAAGUACACCGGAAGGGCGGGGGAGUUCACUUGCGAGUGA